UUGGAGAGGAAGACAGGGGGGAAGUAACCGGAGAAGCAAAGAGCUUACUCUGUUUCCACCUUCAAAACUCAGCCGUAAAAAGUGGCAAGGGCUGAGUUCUUGACUCUGACAUCAAAAAGAGGUUUUAGGAUGGAUACUGCUAUGGAGAAUUAUAGUUCAGGUAGUGAUGAAGAAGUAAAAGAAGGGGAGACCACCGUUAACGAGAGGGAAAUCUAUCAGGCUGCAUUACAAGAUCUGAAACAACCCAAGACCGAAAAGGAUCUACCUCAUGGUGUUCUUACAGUUCCUCUUAUGAGGCAUCAGAAAAUAGCAUUGGAAUGGAUGCGUAAGAAAGAAAAAAGAAGCAGGAAUUGUAGGGGAGGGAUAUUAGCAGAUGAUCAGGGACUUGGUAAAACAAUCUCGACGAUCUCUCUAGUCCUAUUGCAUAAGUUGAAGUUACAAUCAAAGCAGAAAAAGCGAAAAGGUCGAAAAUCUGGUGGUACAUUGAUUGUUUGUCCAGCAAGUGUUGUAAAGCAAUGGGCAAGAGAAGUGAAAGAGAAGGUUUCUGAUGAACACAAGCUCUCUGUUUUAAUCUACCAUGGAUCUAACAGAACCAAAGAUCCUAUUGAAUUAGCAAAAUAUGAUGUGGUUGUGACAACUUACGCCAUUGUUACAAACGAAGUCCCUCAAAACCCUUUGCUGGGUCUUUUUGAUACAUUCAGUAAGAAGAGAGACAGAGCAAGCUUUGAAGGAUCUAAUCUUCAGCCUCCCGCUGGUGCACUAGGAAGAGUUAGAUGGUUGAGAGUAGUAUUAGAUGAAGCUCAUACAAUUAAAAACCAUAGAACCCUAGUUGCAAAAGCUUGUUUUAGCCUUAGAGCCAAGAGGAGAUGGUGUUUGACUGGAACACCGAUACAGAACAAAGUUGACGAUCUUUAUAGCUAUUUCAGGUUUCUUAGAUAUCAUCCCUAUGCCAUGUGCCUUUCAUUUCGUCAAAGAAUCAAGGUUCCAAUUUCCAAAAACUCUCUUCGGGGUUACAAGAAGCUUCAAGCUGUUCUAAGGGGAAUAAUGCUUCGCCGCACCAAAGGAACAUUACUUGAUGGACAGCCUAUAAUUAUUCUACCUCCAAAGCAAGUUAAUUUGAGCAAAGUGGACUUUUCAGUAGUAGAAUGGUCGUUCUACAGGAAGCUUGAAAUGUAUUCACGUUUGCAGUAUCAGGAAUAUGCUGAUGAAGGUACUUUGCAUGAACACAUGGCUCAUCUUUUGGUAAUGCUUCUGCGGCUACGCCAAGCUUGUAAUCAUCCACAACUUGUUAAUGGAUAUAGUCACUCAGAUGCUAUUGAAGAAAUACCAGAUGUGGGUCAUGAAUCCGAUAGAGAGUAUCUAACCAUUCUCCUCAAUCUCUUAAAAUCAUCCUUUAGCAUCUGCAAUGUCUGCAACGAUCCACCAAAAGACCCUGUUGUUACUUUGUGCGGCCAUGUGUUUUGCUAUGAGUGUGUGUCUGAAAACAUUAAUGGGGAUCACAAAACGUGCCCUGCACUUAAUUGCAGUACAGAGCUUAAACAUGAUAAUGUUUUCACUGAAUCUGCAAUUAGAAGUUGCAUCAACGAUUAUGAUGAUCCUAAGGAUAAGAAAGUUCUUUUUUCGCUACAAGGCGAGUUUAUUUCAUCCAAAAUCAAAGCUGUGAUAGAGAUUCUUCAGUCGCUUCCAAAGCAAGGCUCUGAUCCAGACUCUCCACCAAUAAAGACUAUAGUCUUCUCUCAGUGGACGGGUAUGCUUGACUUGGUUGAGCAGUCUUUUGUCAAAAACCGUAUAAAGUUCAGACGACUAGAUGGUUCGAUGUCUCUACUAACAAGAGACAUAGCUGUAAAAGAAUUCAACAAUGAUCCAGAUGUAGAAGUGAUGUUGAUGUCUCUUAAAGCUGGAAACCUUGGAUUGAACAUGAUAGCUGCCUGUCAUGUUAUUCUCUUGGAUCUUUGGUGGAAUCCAACAACUGAAGACCAAGCUAUCGAUCGAGCUCAUCGUAUCGGACAAACUCGGACUGUUACGGUAACACGUAUUGCCAUCAAAAAUACCGUCGAGGAACGAAUUCUUACUCUUCAGGAACGUAAAAGGAAAAUUGUUGCAUCUGCAUUGGGUGAAAAACAUGGUAAAAGUUCUGCGAUUCAACUAACAUUAGAAGAUCUUGAAUACCUAUUUUUUGGUGAGUAGAAAUAUAACGAAGACCGUGUGCCCCUAGCUAGAGUUUUGACAAGGAAUAAAACCUCUAGCUUUUUAGUGUGAAUGUAAAGAGAUAUUUUAAUUUCACAUGUUGGUUAGAUUUUUUUUUA